AUGGACUACCCGUACUUCACCACCGCGGCGCCCCAGCCAUAUCAGUUCCUCGACCUUCCCCCAACUCCGGCGCAUACCGGAUCCGCCAACUCGGACCACUACAGCAACUCUCCUCCAGAUGCAUUCGAGUACCAGACCUUCGACACCUUCAAUCAACAUUACAAUAAUGGCAUGCAGCCAGUCAAACCCCCAACGCCCGUCUCUCAGCAUAAGGGCUCCAUCAGCAAUGGCGUCAACCACACGUACGAGAUGAGCAAUGGAGGGGAAGUGAACGACGAUGCAAAUAGGCGAGGAAGUAAUAGCGACGACGAUGAAAAUAUGACACCCGCGCAAUCCCGUCGCAAAGCCCAGAAUCGAGCUGCACAACGAGCCUUCCGCGAACGCAAAGAACGUCAUGUCAAAGACCUCGAAGCGAAACUCGCCGCCCUCGAAAAGAAUUCUGCCAAUGUCGCCGAAGAAAAUGAACGGCUGAAGCUCCAACUGCAGAAGGCCGCGACGGAGAACGAGAUCCUGAAAGCGACAUCUGCGCAUCCUCGUGGGAAUGCAGAACCCUUACCGAACGCAGGGCCUAUGAAAUACUCUCCGACCGAUUUCUAUACCGAAGUUCUCUAUGCGCACGAUAAUAAGACGCCGAGUCAUAGGAUCGUUACAAGUGAUAGCGGGGAGAGGCUGCUAGCUGCAGGUGCCACCUGGGACUUCAUUAUUAGCCAUCCCCUCUAUGCCAAAGGUCUAGUUGAUAUCGGCGACAUCAGUGACAGGCUGAAGAAAGUUGCCAAGUGCGACGGGCAAGGCCCAGUGUUUGAAGAGAGCGCAAUUCUUGAUGCGAUUGAGAAUAGUGUUGCAAGUGGAAACGAUGAGCUGCUCUGA